CACAUCGACGUGGUCUGCGCGCCGCCCACCCCAACCCCAACCCCACCCCCACCUCUGAUCCCAUCGCCCAAACCCUAUCGCCGCCGCAGCCACCGCCUCCGACUCCGACUCCGACUCCGCUCUGAUGGCGGGACAACCCCGCGACCGCGGGAGCCGCGCGUCCCGGAAGGGCCGCUCCGCUCGCGCGGGCCCCGCGGCGGCGCCCCCGCCGGCCUCCGAUCCCGAUCCAGCCGCGGGUGAGGACGCGGCGCCGUGGCUCCGCGCCACGGCGGACGAGCUGGAGGAGCGCCUGCUCAAGAGGCUGGACGAGGCGUACGCGGCGGCGCUGGCCCGACUCGCCGACCUCGGCCACAGCGAGGAGGCGUCGCUUGAGGCCGUCCUCCGCGCGGGCCACUGCUACGGCAAGCUCAACGACCCCGUCUCCAACAUCGUCGCCAACGCCCGCACCUACCUCUCCGACCCCGGCCACGCCGGCGGGGGCGGAUUCGCCGACCUCCGGCGCCUCGAGGAGUACUCCCUCGCGGGGCUCGUCUGCCUCCUCCAGAGCAGCCGCCCCACCCUCACCCGCGCCGAGGCCUUGUGGUGCCUCCUCUCUAGCGACCUGCGCCUCGAGGAGGCGAUCGCCAUAGGCUGCUCCCUCAACGGUAAGCCCGUACCUGCUGCUGCCCCUGCUGAGAGUGAGGAGCUCCCCCCGCCCGUGGCCGAGACCCCACAGCGUGGACACAUCCACUACAAUAACACCACAGCCGCGGCAGCUCAGGACCCCGCUCUUUUUGACCCAGAAACCUUCAUGAGACUCGCGAUACACCAGGGUCCUGCUGCUGCGACCAUGUCCUGCCUCAAGGCCGCUGGUUGGUCACGGUCCAGCGGUGCUGCAGUGGAAGGGCAACCCAAGGAGUCCUUUGCCAAGAAGCUGUCGACUGAGGAGCUCAUUGAGUCUGUUGUUGUGGAGCUUGAGGCGCUGGACAUUGACAAGAAGGAUCCAACAGAUGCAAACCCUGAUCCAAAGAAUCAGAUGGUGCGUGACCUCAUUAAGCAGACAAGAGAGAUGGAGGCGCAGCUCAAGGAGCGAAGGGAAUGGGCACAGGGAAAGGCUAUACAGGCUGCUCGCAAGCUUGGUGCUGAUCUCACUGAGCUGCGUGUGCUGCGAAUGGAACAUGAUGAGAACCAGCGGCGUAAGAAGGAAAAGCAGGUGAUGGAGGAUGACACAAUAAAGCGCCUUGCUCACCUGGAGAAUGAGCUGAAGAAAAAGAGUGGGCAGCUUGACCGGAGUAAUGCAACAGUUCAGAGGCUGGAAAUGGAAAAUGCAGAGAUACGUGCAGAGAUGGAAGCUGCAAAGCUGAGUGCAUCGGAGACUGAAAGACAAUGCCAGGGUCUGUUAAGGAAAGAGAAGAAGGACACCAAAAAGCUUGAGGUCUGGGAGCGCCAGAAAGCGAAGCUCAAGGAGGACAUUGCUGAAUGCAAGACAAAGAUUACACAGGCUGAGAGGGAGCUUUCUGAGGUCAAGAAGGCAAUAAAAAACAUGGAGAUCAAGAUAAGAGAGGACACAAGGGCCAAAGAAGAAAACGUGGCACUUUUGGAAGAGGAGCGCAGGAAGAAGGAAGCUGCGAAAGCAGACUCUGAUCGCCGACUUGAAGAGCUUCGUCGGAAGAAAGAAGUUGAAUCCCAGUGCUACAAGGAUGACCUCCGGAGGCUGCAAGACGAAUUGAACCGUCUGCAGAAGUCGACAGGCACAAAUCAACCAGCUGUCCCAUCAACCAACCCUCCUGGCAUGACUAACCGAAGCACAGCACGGACGUCAAAGCAGCAGCCCAUCCAGAGGCCACCAGCCGCAUCCAACCGCCCACUACCACAGCCAGCCCAGAAGCCAAGCCGCCGCCGGGACUGUGUUGUUUGCAAGAAGGAGGCGGCGGUCGUGAUCCUGCUCCAGUGCGCACACCAGGUCCUAUGCGUUGGCUGCAACAAGCUGCAGGAGGAUAAAGGCGUGGUUCGCUGUCCCAGCUGCAGCGCCAAGAUUGAAGAGAGGAUCAGGGUUUUUGGUGCGAGUACCAACUGAGGCACCAGGCUGCAGGGGGUGCUGCUGCAUUGAGGUGAAUUGGAACAUGUGGUUUUCUUUUUGGCUUUCUACCUCCGUUACUGUGAAGAAAGGUUAUAUAGGUCUCUGCCUGAGUGGUUAUACUUCGCAUCAGUGUCCAUGGAUAUAUGUGUGCUGAGUUGCGACUCUUCUGGGGUAUAUGCGUAUAAUCGAAACCAUUUUCCAGACUGCAAAUCAGUGUGUAGUCUGCCUCUA